UUGACUUGGUGUGGUUGGUGCAUCGGACAACAAUACAUAUAUAAGUAGAAAACAAUAUAUAUAAGUAGAAAACCAUAUACAUAAAGAAAGAACAAUAAGUUAAUGGGCAAGAUGAAUCGUGUCUGUGAUAAGGUCCUCAGGAAACAUCAAGGUGAGUAAAUUCAGGCAAAAACCUGCUUUCACCAAUGUUAUUGAUCAGAUAAAAUGGCCAUUGUUUCAGUUUGUAGCUCAAUCCCGACAAACUGAUGAUAGUGACUUUCUCAUUUGCAGGUGAACCCUGUGAGGAGGUUGGCAGGUUGAGAGGAAGGAAAAGGAAAGAAAGAGAUGAUGAAGAGGGAAAACCAGAAAAGAGGAAGAGACGACGUGUCCUUGACUCGAAUGAACACGACUCAGCGGAGGCUGAUAUGAUUCGAAUAAGCAGGAAGAGAAACUUCUCUGCUGAUGGCGGGGAAGUGAGAGAGAAAAAGAGGAGGGUUGUUGAGAUGAAGACCCUGGAUGCCUCAGGAGACAACCCAAUAGGUGAACCCUGUGAGGAGGUUGGCAGGGUGAGAGGAAGGAAAAGGAAAGAAAGAGAUGAUGAAGAGGGAAAACCAGAAAAGAGGAAGAGACGACGUGUCCUUGACUCGAAUGAACACGACUCAGCGGAGGCUGAUAUGAUUCGAAUAAGCAGGAAGAGAAACUUCUCUGCUGAUGGCGGGGAAGUGAGAGAGAAAAAGAGGAGGGUUGUUGAGAUGAAGACCCUGGAUGCCUCAGGAGACAACCCAAUAGUUGACCUUGAGGCCAAAUACUUUGUGCUGGGUCAGCUUGGUGGAGGAGGCUGUGGAUCAGUGUUCGCUGGCUUCCGCAGAGAAGAUCUUGUUCCGGUGGCGAUCAAGCACAUACCGAAGGAAAAUCUUUACUGCAAACAAGUGUGCCUGAAUGGAAAGAAGUUCCCUACAGAGGUGGCCAUAAUGCUGAAACUGACAGCAAAGAAAAAUGACUCUGUGGGGACGUCAGCACCAGUAUCAAUACUGGACUGGUAUGACCUGGGCCAUGAGUUGAUCGUGGUGAUGGAGAGACCUGUCCCUGCCAUUGACCUCUCCACAUAUAUAAAGCUCAAAAGAGGCUCUCUACAGGAGGGGGAUGCCAAGAACAUAAUGAAGCAGCUGGUGGACGCAGCCAUUGGGCUGGAGAAGAACGGAGUCUUUCACCGGGACAUCAAACCUGAAAAUAUCCUGAUUGAGAUUGGCCAAAGUGUCCCACGGGUUCGCGUCAUUGAUUUUGGGCUGAGCUGUCUCGCGAAGAAAGGCUCAUUUUACAGCGUAUUCUUUGGCACUGAAAAGUACGCCCCUCCAGAGUAUUGCAGCUCUUCUGUCUACAGGGCUGGUCCAAGCACAGUGUGGCAGCUUGGCACAGUCCUGUAUGAGAUGCUCCACAAUCAGGGAUUCAUGACCAAACGCUUCCUCAGUAAAAAACUGAAAAUCAGCAGCGGACUGGGCAAAAACCUCAAGGAUUUCCUCCAGCUGUGUUUGGAGAAGGACCCUAAGCUGCGUCCCACCCUGACAGAGCUGCAGCUUCACCCGUGGCUGAAAUGAACACCGCCUCCUGACCCUGACCCCAUCACCAUCCCUGGCCAUAACCCCUCACCCUCAUCUACCCCUAACGCUGCCUCCAGAGAUGUCAUCAUAUUCAAUCAAAAACAGCAAACUGAUUGUGGUCUCUGCAGCUUCGAUGACCACUCAAAGCGCUUUACAGUACAGUUUGCCAUUCACCCAUUCACACUCUUCUGUGACGACCCCUUCCACCCUCACCUGGACACUAGGUGUCCCUGUUGUUCUUUCCCCUGAGCUGUAGGUGGAGGUGCCGUCAGCGUUAAUCAGUGCACACCUCGGCCAGGUGUGCUCUGCCCUUUAAAAGGCUUCGCCACGUUGAUGCCUUGUCUCUUGGUGGUAACGUUUCAUGGUUAUAUUUGUAUCAAUAGAAAAUAGCAAAUAGCAGCUAUUUGAGAACCCAUGGGUGUUGUGGUAUUACUUGUAAGCACCGGAAAGUGCACGUUUGACCAACACACUUAGUGUGAAGUUAAAGGCACAGUAUGUCACUGUUAUUUCAAGGACAUUAUCAAAAUAGUAAUAUGCACCUUCAUAGGCAGGUGCAAAACGCACGUACACUCUGCUUGUUUCAUACAGAGACAGGCUGCUCACGCACUGUCUGUUUAAGAUGUGUUUCUGUAAUGUUUCAAAGUUUCUUUCUUACUUUCAGACUUUUAAAAAAGUCAACAGAAAACAUAUCCCAGGAAAGACAAACUCAAAUAGCAUUUUUCAUCCUGAUAUUUCUUCAAAUAGAUGCGUCAGUGAGAUUAUAUGAAAUCGAUAAAACCUGCUGUUUGAAAGAGGGACUGAGAUUUUUCAACAUUUUCAAAGUUUGUUCACACAUAUUGUCGGCGUAAUGUUUACCCCUUAUCUGUAUUCUCAAGAUUGUACACUGUUGUUAUAGUGUGAAGAAUCAGUUUACACUUCCACAUCAGCAGCAUGAGUUUUUUCAGCUGGAGUUGUUGUUUUUUCUCAGUAAAGUUAAGACAUGGAGCCUUCAA